AUUAAUCGCACAUCCCGCGAGCUUUGUGGAUCUCUCGUUGUUUGUUUACAACCUGGAAACUUCCUGCCUGCUAGUAGUUUUGUCCACAGUAAGCUAACUGGGUUUAAACUUUACAAGCAAGCUUUCAAGAUGGGAUGUGAUGGAGGCACGAUUCCCAAAAGACACGAGUUGGUGAAAGGCCCCAAAAAAGUCGAGAAGGUUGAUAAAAAUGCAGAGUUGGCUGCCAAAUGGAAAUACUGUGCCUUGAGCCAGGAGAAACUCAGACGCCCAAUUGUUUCCUGUGACCUGGGAAGGCUCUAUAACAAAGAUGCUAUCAUUGAAUAUCUUCUGGAUAAGUCUGCUGAGAGACCCAAUACUGAGGCUGUAGCUCACAUCCGUGGAAUCAAGGAUAUAAAGGAAUUGAACUUGACUGAUAACCCUGAGUGGGAGGGAGAGAGAAGAAAUUCUAAAGGAGACCGAUAUGAGGACAUCCACUGCGGCAUGUUCAUUUGCCCGGUUGUUGGUUUGGAGAUGAAUGGCAAGCACAGGUUCUGUUACCUUCAGAGCUGUGGCUGUGUCUUUUCUGACAGGGCCAUGAAGGAGGUCAAGACAGAAAUCUGCCACAAGUGUGGUGACCCGUUUAAAGAGGAGGAUAUCAUUGUGCUCAAUGGCACCAAGGAGGAGGUGGAGGAGCUUAGGGAGAAGAUGGAAGAGAGGCGGGCCAAAGCCAAAACUAAGAAAUCAAAGAAGAGCAAAGCAGCUGAAGCUGUGUCCACACCAUCGGAAACAAAAGUACAACGCACCAGGAAAGACAGGAAAGCCAUUACUUCCAGAGAGAAAGAAAAGAGCUGUCUGAUCAAACCGCAGCGCAGGGUGCGCAACAGUGUUUCCACUGGUAAUGUCUUUGCCACACAGCAAAAAUGAUCAAAAAUAAAAGUG